UUCGUUUCUUGUUGGCGACGCUUCGAGAGUUAUGUACGAAGUAUUUUCGUCUUUCUACACCUAAAGACAUAAGUGCGAGCGAAGAAAGUUUUUGUCAGUUAUAAAUCGGAAGGCAACGACGAGAAACAUGAACAUGUAUCAUCAUAUCAUUUUACUAGCAGUUUUGCCUUAUUUAUUAUGUGCUGGAAUCAAGUCACUAGAAACUAUCCAAGUUCCCCUUUGGAUAGAUAAAACUGCAGACGCCUUUUUACAACAGUUCGAUGCUUCCAGUGAAAACACGGAAUUGUAUCAUCAUCGAAAUCCAUACGAAGAAGGAAAAACAGAAUCAAAUUAUGCUAUUUAUCCACGACCCUCAGUCGGAAAACGCGCUUUGGCGAUGUUCGCUCGCUGGGGCUCCAUAAACAGCAUUGGAAAAAAUAGACCGCCCAUAAGAAGCAACUCCUAUGAAUCGGACAACACAAACAACAGAAGAAUGCAAGGACAACCACUUAGAUGGGGUUAAAUAAUUGAGAGGAUCUUAUAAGCAAAAUUUUA